AUGGGAAAAGCCAAAAGACCAGCUCGAAAGCAUUCAAACCAUCAUGAUAAUCCGAAAUCCGCGAAGAACGCAGUGGUGAGAAGGCAACACAGCCAAAAGCCACCACAACACGCAAAGAAGGCCGGAUCAGCACGUGGAAACGGCGGCCCACCAGUAGGUCGAAUCAAAGUACCUUUCUCGAAGCAUGACAAUGUGCUCCUUGUCGGUGAAGGCGACUUCUCCUUCUCCUUGUCCUUGCUGCGUCAUCACAGAAUCGGCCAGCUAACAGCAACAUGCUACGACUCGCGGGAGGCCCUCGAGAGCAAGUACCCGGGCGUGGAGAAGACGAUACAGUACCUCCAGGGAGUGAAUGAGCCGGGCUCUCCACGCCGAGAUGACUCGGCAGAUGUAAGUCAUGGACGAGAAGGUCACGAAGGACAAUGGGAGGGAUUUAGCCCAUCACCACCAGCAUCACCAAGCACUCCGGAGCAAAAACCUUCCAAAGAAGGAACGAAGAAGACCCCGGUCAAUAUUCUUUACGGCAUUGACGCAACCAAACUGUCCACCGUGCACAAAAAGGCCUUACGGCCAUACUCGCCGUUUACCAAGAUUGUCUUCAACUUUCCCCAUGUCGGAGGCCUGAGCACCGAUGUGAACAGACAAGUACGCUACAACCAGGAGCUUCUCGUUGGCUUCUUCAAGUCUGCGAAAGGACUCUUGUCCUCUCCGUCGAAUCCGGCACGUGUACUAGAGCCUGACAAAGAGGCCGGCAGUGACCACGAGGAUGACUCUGAAUCAUCCCAAGACUCAGCACAGCACCCUGGUGCUGUCGAUGGCCAGAUACUGGUUACUCUAUUUGAGGGAGAGCCGUAUACACUCUGGAACAUUAGGGAUCUCGCUCGACAUUGUAACUUGAAGGUUGUGGAAAGCUUCAAGUUUUCAUGGUCAGCCUACCCGGGCUAUCAACAUGCCAGGACCAUAGGGGAAAUCAUAUCCGGAAAGGACCGCAGUGCCGAAGGCAAAAGGAAAGGCGCCUGGAGGGGAGAAGAGCGAGAUGCAAGGUGCUAUAUAGUUGCUGAUCAAGAUGCUGAAACUGACGUGCGAUCUUCGCAAAAGAAACGGAAAAGAGGGCAGGAUGAUGAGGAUGACAGCGACUAA